AUGUUUUUGCUUCCUUUUUUAACUACGGUAGGUGGUCAGAUUCGCUAUUCUAUUCCAGAGGAAAUGAAGAAAGGCUCGUUGAUUGGGAAUAUAGCUCAAGAUCUGGGUUUGGACGUAAAGAGAAUUAUUUCUGGACGAGCCCGCAUCGUGACGGGAGGAAACAUCCACUACACGGAGCUGAGGGCAGACAAAGGGCUUCUGGUCGUCAAUGACCGAAUAGAUCGAGAGCAGCUAUGUGGAGAUGUGACGCCAUGUAGCUUCAGCUUUGAGAUCAUUUUAGAAAACCCGUUAGAACUGCAUAGAAUAACCAUCCUGAUCCAGGAUGCCAACGACAACGGACCUCAGGUGCUCUACCCGGUCCAGACAGGCAGCUCGGUCCUGGCCGAAAUAGUGCCACGUUCAGCAGACGUGGGCUAUCUGGUGACCAAAGUGGUCGCUGUGGACGUGGACUCUGGACAGAACGCCUGGCUCUCAUACAAAGUGCACAAAGCUUCAGACAGGGCGUUGUUUGAAGUGGGCCUCCACAAUGGAGAAAUAAGAACCGUCCGCCAAGUGACUGAUAAAGAUGCUGUCAAACAAAGACUGACUGUUGUAGUGGAGGACAACGGGCAGCCCUCUCGUUCAGCUACAGUCAUUGUUAAUGUGGCUGUGGCAGACAGCUUCCCUGAAGUGCUGUCAGAGUUCACUGACUUUAGCAUGCACGACAAAGAAUACAAUGAUAAGCUGACCUUUUACCUCGUCUUGGCUUUGGCUGUGGUGUCCUUCCUCUUCAUUACCUGCUUGCUACUCAUCAUAUCAGUCAAAGUGUACAGGUGGAGACAGUCUCGCAUCCUGUACCACUCCAACCUACCUGUCAUUCCGUAUUAUCCGCCACGGUACUCAGAUACUUUGGGGACAGGGACUCUCCCUCAUGUCUACAAUUAUGAGGUGUGCAGGACCACUGAUUCAAGGAAAAUUGACUGUACAUUGGACAGGGCUGCAAGUCACAAUGUUCUGGGUAUGGUCCCAAGUUCUACAGGGACAAUCCAGAAGGUAUACAGAGAGAAAAACAUCCUGGAUGAACCUGACUCACCUUUAGAGGUUAGUUAA